AUGUCCUCAGAUCCAGCUGCAGCGCUCACGUCGCUGUUGCGCGCCUCUUCGAUUCAGGACCACGACGAGAUCCUCAAAGCUGCCAAUGCUGCCAUCAAGGCCUCCAAGUCCAACAUUCAAGCCCACCAUACCCGCGUUGUCGCCCUGCUCAAGCUCGACCGCUUCGACGAUGCCCUCCGAGCUCUGGCCGACGGUGGCGACAAGCUCGAGCAGGAGUGCUUGGUCGAAAAGGCAUAUGCCUUGUACAAAUCUGGAAAGCUAAACGAAGCCGAAGAGACGAUAAAAUUGGUUAGCCCCGCCACCAGAACAUCUCGCCAUCUCGCCGGCCAGAUUGCCUAUCGAGCCGAGAAGUUCCGGGACGCUGCCCAGGUCUACCGUGAGCUGGCGACACAAGGCGAUGGCAUCCCCGGGGAGGAAAAUGACCUCAACAUCAAUACUCUCGCCACGAGCGCGCAGCUCCAAUGGAAUGGCCUGGGCCACUUGGUCGACGAGGAGCACAAGCAGCCUUCGCGCGAAGAUCUCGAGGCUUUCGAGACAGCUUAUAAUGCUGCUUGCGGCUGUGUUGCACGAGGUGACCUGAGCAAAGCGUCCGUUUUGCUAAAGCGAGCAAGAGACCUCUGUGAAGCGAGCGAGGAAUUAUCCGAAGAGGAGAAGAAGGCAGAGCUCUUUUCCCUCCUUAUUCAGCACGCCUACGUUCUUACAAGACUCGGCAAGGAGGCUGACGCAAUUGCUCUUCAGAAGUCCCUGAUCUUAUCCGAGAUCACGGAACCUUCGUCGCGGGUUCUUGCGCAAAAUAACCAGACCGCCGUAGCGUCCGAACCCCAGAAUCCGUACCUCACUCAGCGCUGGCUCGAAUCGACCUCAGAGCUCUCUGGAAAUGACAAGCUUUUCGGGUAUCAGGCAGCCAUACUGCGGAGGAACCAACUGGCCCUGAGUCUACAAAUGCAAAAGUUUGACGGAGUUGCCAAGUCAACCAACAAGCAGAUCCAACAAACGCCCACGCCGACGGCCUCUUCAGAGAUCGCAGGCCUAGGCGUGGUCAAUGCAGCCGCCCAUGCCCACCUUGAUACCGGAAAGGCCGCCAUCAAGGAGAUCCUGCCCAUGCUCGAGAAGCGCCCUGCCGACAUUGGGCUCCUGCUAACAAUAAUUCAACUCUAUGUCCAGACCAAGAACCCCGGCCCGGCUCUUGGACUGCUCGAGGCGUUCUUGAAGCGGAUCGAGCAGGCCACCACACCUGAUCAUAACGAUGUUCGGUUCUCGCCCGGACUAGUCGCUGUCACCGUGGCAGUGUACCGCUUGUUUGGGCGACAAAACUCGGUGCGGACCGAGCUGGCAAGGGCAGCUACGCACUGGAAGUCGCGGGCCAAGGACGAUGCGCCUUCAUCCCUGCUUCGAGAGGCAGGUGUUGAACUGCUGAAAUCCUCAAACACAGAGGAUCUGGCGCUCGCAGGUGCAACCUUUGAGGACCUGGCUGCGAACCCCACCAAUGACACGAUCGCAGCAGCAGGACUCGUCGCGUCUUUUGCCACUACUGACUACGCCAAGAUUGAGCCCUACCUCAACAAACUGACUCCGGUGGACAAGCUCACAUCCGGUACCGACAUCCAGGCCUUGAUUAAUGCUGGCGUAGCAUCAGUAGCGACAGCUUCGACGCAGGGAACAAAGCGACCGGCCGACGCUGAACCUCAGAAACCACACAAGAGGUUCAGGAAGAAGAAGCUCCCCAAGGAUUAUGAGGAAGGCAAGGAGCCGGACCCAGAACGCUGGCUCCCUCUGCGGGACCGCAGCACGUACCGGCCCAAGGGUAAGAAGGGCAAGAAGCGCGCCCAGGAGGCGACCCAGGGCGGAGUCGUCAAGGAGCAGGAGACCCUGGAGCUUGUAGGCGGUGCUGGUGCCGUCAAGGUUGAGAAGGCAGCAGGAGGCGGCGGAAAGAAGAAGAAUAAGAAGAAGAAAUGA